AUGGCAAACCAUAUUUUGGUAUUGACAGUUCUGGCCAUGGCAUGUAUUCUGGUAAUUGCCUUUGAGCCUAGUCCAUUGCAAGAUUUCUGCCUAGCACAAGCUGACCAUUUCUUCUUCGGAGGGCUUCACAUGGCCGGAAACACCUCAAACCCCCUCAGACUUAAAAUCAUCCCAAUUAAUGUGGCUCAAAUUCCAAGACUCAACACCCGCGGCAUCUCACUUUCUCGCAUUGACUAUGCACCGUGGGGUGUUACCCCUCCUCACACUCAUCCUCGUGCCACCGAAAUUCUGACAGUCUUGGAAGGCAGUGUUGUUGGCUUUGUGACCUCUAACCUUGACAACAAGCUCAUCUCUAAAGUGCUUAACAAGGGUGAUGUGUUUGUUUUCCCUGUUGGACUAGUUCACUACCAGCAAAAUGUUGGUAAUGGAACUACCGUUUCACGCUCUUCUCUCAGCAGCCAAUACCCUGGAGUCAUUACCAUUGCUAAUGUAAUUUUUUUUUUAAAUGAAAAUGUGUAUUUUAUUUUAAAGAGACUGUUCUAUUGCGGACCGCAAACUUUGGGACUCAAUGAGUACUUUUAA